UUGAUCUCGUCCUUCUUACCACCUAACUAUCCUUCUCUAUCUUCCACGUUGGCGAAUUCACUGAUCUGUUCUCGACGAGUUUGCAGAGGUUCCCGGGCAUUGCCUUUAUUAUCUGUCAUUAGUCACAUAUCUAACAAGUCUCGGAGAGGCAUCCUCGGAUGGCCCUCCAGCCGCAAUACUAAAAUGGCUCCAGGGAACGUUGAUACAACACUACCUAUGCCCAAUGAAAAGAAGGAUACUAUUAAAAAGGUAGAGAAAUCAUAUUUAGCCAGCGCCGUCGAUUCCAUCAACCCUUGGAAUAUCAACCGAAGCAUCACGCCUAGCCGCAGUACCACACCUACACCCACACCGAGAGAUGACUCCUUCCCCAAGUCGAUAACGAUGCCUACUCAAAAGGCCGAUGACCAUAGCACCAAUACUCUCUAUGGACAAAGCUUUAAGAAAUACCCGCCCGACUGUCCACCAUUAAAUGUCAUGUGGUUUCACGCCGUCGAUGUCCCCAAACGAAAACCCAAUUUCCUCAAGACGAAGAGGAGAGACGAUGAUGCACCGAAGCCCAUACCCAAGAAAUACGUCGCCUUCUCCAAAAACGAUUCCCGGUCGAUUGAGAAUGCGUAUCAAAAGCUUCUGGAAGAGCUUGAGGACGAACGAGGCAAAAGUUCAAUAACCAGGCAGAUGAGCUCUAGGUCGCAACGUAGGAGGGCUAUAUCGUCAGAGGAAACUCCUAACACAAACAUUGAUAAGGAAAAUGGAGGACGAGAAGGCGGUCUACGAGUCCCGGUGAACGAAGAUUUCUUAUUCGAUGUCGACAUCGAAGAACGUGAAUUAGCACCGGUGUACUGGCUAGGCGCAAUAUAUGAGGUCCGUCGCGGUACCUGGUUUUAUCAAGAAGGGUCUACACUCCGACCUUGUGAGGAAAAUCUGGCAGCUCAGCUUGAGGAGGGUUAUUUGAAAAUCAAACCUUGGGCAUAUCCUGCGCCUAGGAACCGCACCAACUCUGGGCUACAAGAUAUAACUCCAAAAGCCUCUACAGAAAACCUGAAGGCGGCUGCGAGGUCGCAAACUGACAGCUCGCUCAAGCUUCCUUCCCAGCCCGCAGUCCAACACCAACCACAAACCUAUCGUCUAUUUGGCACUUACAUGAAUAGCAUAGCAACUUAUCAAGAUUCAACCACAGCUUGGCUAUCCUCGGAGAGUGUUUUUUCGUGGGUUACGUCAACAGUCUAUCAGAAGUUUGCUGGCGGUGGAUACAUGAACGGUGUAAAACUCGUACGCGGCUAUUCAGAGCCUGGAAAGUCAAAAGAUGGGAAAAGGCCACCCACACCCACGACAGCUACUUUACCUCCCGAAAGACCAGACGAAAGGGAAGAAAAGGCUCUCAAGCGAAGGUCUGCCCCGCCUAGUACACGAACAGACAAGGAAGAUGACGAUAGUACAACAGAAGUAGAGCGUCGGGAGAAUCGGCUAAAACGUCAAUUUUCGUCAUUCAUCGAGGCUUCGGAGGAUCCAGAAAAGCAGGAAGAGCAAAUAAGAAAGCGUGAGGAGCAGGAAAUACAAGAUGACUACAAUGGCCAAGAUGGUGAAACCCAGGAACGCGAGAUUGAGCAUCUUGUCCUCGUUACCCAUGGUAUAGGACAGCUCCUAGGGCUUCGGAUGGAGAGCGUCAAUUUUGUGCACGAUGUCAAUAUGCUGCGGAAAACAUUUAAAGCAGUCUACGCUCAUUCAGCCGACUUGAAAACUCUCAACGGGGAAAGCGAGAAUGGACCGGGCAACUGCAAGGUCCAAGUAUUACCCGUCUGUUGGAGACAUCUGUUAGAUUUCCCUAAGCGGAAGGAAAAGAAAGGCGAGACCGACUUGGGCGACUUCGCGGAUGAUGAGGAUGAGUACCCUUCGCUUGAAGAUAUCACCAUUGAAGGAGUUGCUUUUGCUCGCUCGCUCAUAUCAGAUCUUGCGUUAGACGUUCUACUCUACCAGAGUGCCUACCGAGAACAAAUCGCCGAAAUCGUUUUAAAGGAGUCCAACAGAAUAUAUAAGCUAUUCAUGGAACGUAAUCCCGAUUUCAAAGGAAAGGUGCAUAUUGUCGGCCAUUCUUUAGGCUCUGCGAUCAUGUUCGAUAUCCUUUGCAGGCAGAAAGAAAAUCCACUGUUUUCGGAGCCGCUCCGUAGCCCCCUACGCUUUUGGCCCCCCCAAGAUCGAUCUGAGCCCUUCAAGGAACCCCCGAAGGAAUCUCGAGAGCUUGUCUUUGACUUUGAAGUCGAGGAUUUCUAUUGUCUCGGUUCGCCGAUUGGGCUCUUCCAGAUGCUUAAAGGGCGCACUGUCGCAGCUCGAGGCAAGUCCAAUGCGGCCCCGUCUGAAAGUCCACUCGACUCUGAAUACGUGGAAGACGCUUUUCUAUCACCCAAUAUCAAUACGGACCAACGUGUUUCAGCCAUUACUGGCCUUCCCUUCUCGGUAUCGUCGCCAAAGGUAGGGCAGUUAUUCAACAUCUUCCAUCCAUCUGAUCCAAUUUCAUACCGUCUCGAGCCGCUGAUCUCCCCGGCUAUGUCAUCCCUCAAACCACAAGUUCUACCCUACACCAAGAAGGGCAUCUUCGGAAACGUAGCUCCACAAGGAUUGUCAGGUCUUGGUGCUAAAGUUGGCCAAAGCGUGAGCGGGCUCUGGUCAAGCUUUAGCGCCGGCAUCGCCAGUAGUCUCCUCAACCGCAGCUUAGGGCUGAGCAACGAGGAUGUUGCCAACUUCAACGCCGCAAAUAGCAGCAACCCCCAAAGCCAAAGUAUGCCUCCUGGUGCCGGCACGAACAUCGUCUCGGGCGGUGUAAUCGAUACCAAUGCACAGUCUGAGAAGACAGACGCACGCAAAAAGGCGCUUGCGCGUCUAAAUUCUUCCGGGAGGUCGAGUGGGAACCCCAACUACGACGCCACUCUCAUAGAUGACGAGCUUGAAACACUGUUCGCCCAAUUCCAGAAGAAGCGUGUCGAAGAUCACAAGAAUAAUGACAGCCCCACGGAGGAAGGACAGGAGAUCAGUGAGGCGUUGGCCGCUGAAGAACGGAAAGCGCAGAAGUUACGAAGGGAGGAGGCGAAGGUGCGUGCUCUGAAUCGCAAUGGUAGAGUGGACUACAGCAUCCAAGAGAGCGCACUCGACUUCAAUCCGAUCAACACCAUCGCUUCGCACAUGAGUUACUGGCAGGAUGAAGAUGUCAGCCACUUCAUCAUCUCCCAGGUCCUCUCUAAGAAGAAGGAAGAAGAGAAACGCAAGAAAGAUUCGCCCGGCGUCCUUAUCUGAUACGAGCGUGUCUGCCUACCUACUCUCUUUCUAUCAUUGAUACGCGAAACCACGCAACGUAUCACAUGCAACCCAAACACAGCAUUUGCUGUUUAGAAUAUUGUGACUAUUCCUACAUCCUGACCAU